AUGGGAUCAAACAGUUGGUUCGCCACCCGCCAAUACACGGAUCUUCCACGCUCGCAUGGAAAACCACCAUUGUCGCACGUGGGACCCCCAAAAAAGCUGACUUGUUCUAUGCCCCAUCCUAUGGUGGCCUCCAUGUUUCAUGGAAGUUCCUUGAGCCUAAUCAUGAGGUAUGCAACCUUAGCCCUCGAAUUGUCUGAAUAUAUUCGUAAACAACCAUGGUGGCAAAGAAGUAAUGGAAUCGACCAUUUCUUGGUUGUUGGAAGGACUGAUGGUGGAGUUGAAUUUGGCGCAACCAGGGCCACCAGUACAAAACAUCAAGAAAGGAUGUGUCAAAUAGAACGGCCGUACCCUUUUUCAUUCAUCGGAGCCCCACGAACAGGGGUAAAGAAGGCAGCAAUCCGAGAUGAGAUCCUCAAACAAUGUGGUGAAUCGACUCGGUGUUUGCUUGUGACAUGUGGUCAUGGAUCAAGUAAAUGUCACAUGCCAAAUGAAGUUCCGACAUUUCUGCUUGCAACCUGUAGGAGACAUGUUCACUCGAUGUUCUACAUUCGACUCUCUUAUCGCUAG